UAUGUCCCCCAUACACAUGCCAACAAAGUUAAACAUACUCAAUCUAUUUCUCUCCUUCCUCAUCACUUCUCUCUUCAAAGCCUUAACAACUUAAUUCAUCUUAUAGAAUCUUUGGAUCCUCCUCACAUGGGCUCUAUACCAUUCAUCUUCAUGAUCAUCUUUCUUUUUCAUUUACAGAGAUCCAAAUCUCAGACGAUUGAAUCGGCACAUCUCCUUGAUCUUAUGAUCAGAGAUUACACUAUCAGAAACUUCAACAUACAUUUCAAGACUGGCACGAUUCAGAAAAUUCAUCUUCCUUCGAAUUUCUCCUCCAUUGAUAUCGCCACGGCUAGGUUUAGAUGCGGCAGUUUGAGAAGACACGGUGCAACAAUCGGAGAGUUUCACUUAGGUCCGGGCUUGACGGUACAGCCAUGUGUUGAGAGAGUGAUGCUGCUCGUGUCUCCGGUUCUCGGUUUAUUGGCUUACAAUUCUAACCCGGACGGUGUGGCUAUGAACCCUUAUGAGAUUAACGUAAUGGGAAACGGAGCAAAACCCUAUUUUGAUCAAAUUCUUGAGCAGCAAGGCAACCGGUGUCCCUAAACCUAACACGAAACAGAACUCAUCUCUAUUGU